AUGUGGAUUAAGUGUCUGCGCAUACUGCUGCCCUUGCUGCUGAUCUACCCCUCGUAUGCCGCCAAUCUCUCCCCGCUAGUCAAGAAGCAGACGCAAUCGAAGCAACCGCAGAUAUCGCAGUCGUCGCAGCAACAGCAGACAACAAGCCACAACACCGCAGCUGGCCAGCAAUAUGCGCAGGAGCCGGAUCUGCCUGCCGAGCAACAGGAUAUUAAGAGCGAAGAGGAGGAUGAUCCAUAUCAAUUGUUGCACGAGUUCAAGCAGGAUUCGCGAUUGCCGGCCUCAUCCUCAAACUAUGCUUGGAAUCCGUACACGGCAACUGCUGCCGCAGACGGCGCACCCAUCAAUCCAUAUGAGAGUAUGGCUCCAGCUGCUCCGGCCUUGCCCAUGCCCAAGAUGCUUCCAUUUAUUGGCUACGCACAGCCGCUGCUCAUACCCUUUCCUCUGUACAUAGCUCCCGACAUGUUCUAUCCCUCGUAUCCGGACUCCACUAAUAACCUGGAAGAUGUGGUUAUGUCGCGCGCAGCCGGCGAACGUCGUCCGCCCUCGUCUCAUUCGUCUCGCAACUCGCCCAUAUAUUAUGUUCGCCUGCCUCCAACUCCAUACAUGUUUGUGCCCACCAACCUAGCACCCACACCGUUUGGCAACAGCUUCUCGCCCCUGCUGACAUACCAGCCCAUGCCCACAUUCUCCACCUUUGGAUCGGUCUUCAAUCUGCCCGUCAAUUUCUUGUCCAAUGGCAAGCCCUCAGGAAUUUAUCAGAUGCACGGCGCGCCAAGCGACUUGGCACCAUUCACGCCUGGGUUCGGCAGUAGCUUUAAUAUGCGCCCGCCCACACCCAGCAAUCCGUAUCGACCUGUGCCGCCGGCUCCGGCUGCUGGCUACGGACAUGGUCAGCAGAGCUUUGGCCUGGCAGCAUUGCCAGCACCGCAACAGGAUUCGAAGUUGACCUCUCUGAAGCGCCCGUUUGUGUUCAAUGGCCGCCCUGAAGAUAUCUAUAUACUGCCCAACAAUCUGAACUCUCUGUACAAUUACAACGAACAGAAUUACUACUGA